CUAGACAGCACACUCAUAAUAAUUUAGUCUCUUUUUAUUUUUUUUCAAUCUCUUAAAUUUGUAAUAUUUUCCACGAAGGGAAAACCCUUACCGCGUAAUGUCGGAGAAAGACAAGUUUUUCCAGCCCAAGCGGCUGCAGCCCAGUCCGCUGAAGGCGUUGCGGGUGUGCUUCCUGCGGAACGGCGACCGGCACUUCAAGGGCGUCAAUAUGGCGGUCUCACGGGGCCACUUCAAGGACUUUCAGGCCCUGCUGCAAUCGGUCACCGAAGCCUUGAGGCGCCACGUGGUCCUGCGAUCGGCCAUCUCGCUUAUGUGUCUCAUGGACGGAUCGCCCUUGGUGUCGCUGGGUUCUUUCAGCGAGGGCGACAUGGUGAUCUGCUGCUGCAAGUACGAAGAGUUGGUUAACGUCGAUUACACCGUGAACAGGGACUUUCUGCGGCAAAAGGACUCGCAUAAACGGCGGCACCUUCGUCGCCUGUGCGGAAAAUCUCUGAAGGAAAUCAUUCCCACCGAUCUGCCCAAGGCCAUUAGCCUGUACAUCGGCCAGCUGCAGGCCCUGGUGCAGACCACAAGGACACUGAUCUACUGCGGAAUGGCGAGGGCCACCCGGAUGCCGUGCAUCGUGAAGAUGGUGAACAAGCAGUACAUGGACUACAACUGCGAGGAUCCCUAUAUAGAGGCGGAGGUCCACCGACGCCUGCAGUCGCAUCCGAACAUCGUGGACCUGAUGUACUCCGUGGAGGAGGAGCGCUACAUGUACAUGGUACUGGAGUUCCUGGAAUUCGAUGUGGGCGAGAUGCUUCAGAAGAAGGGUUCCGUGUCGGAGGCUAUGGCCAAAUCGGUGGUGAGGGGCACGGCGGCGGGUCUGGCGCACAUGCACCAGUUGCAAAUCAUCCAUCGGGACAUCAAGCCCGACAAUCUGCUGAUUCGCUAUUCAGACAAAUCGGAGACGGACAUCUCAGCGGUCAAGAUUGCCGACUUUGGCUUGGCCACCUACUAUCGGGGCAGCAAGUUGUAUGCCUGCUGUGGAACCCCGUGCUUCAUGGCACCCGAAUUGAUCGCUGGUUCGGGCUACGAUUACCAGGUGGACUGCUGGGCUCUGGGAGUUACCCUUUUCCACCUGCUCUACGGCAAGACGCCCUUUGCUAAUCCCGAAACGAUGGUAGUGGAUAUCUAUGCGGCAAUCAUGAGUGGAGAGCCCAGCUAUCCUGAAGAAAAGGAAGGUGUCCUGAGCUCAGAGGCUGAGCAGCUGAUCGACUGGCUGCUGAUUAGGGACCCCAGCAAAAGACUGACCAUCACAGAAGUCAACCAGAAUUGGUUUUUAGCCCAAUAGUUUUGUUCAAAUGUUACUUAAAUUCACAGUACGCCUAGGGUUUGUUUAGGUUCUCAAUAAACUAGAAUAGUUUCCAGUUAGGCACAUCACAAAA